CAGCGCGCAGCAAAGAUCGUAAAUAUUUAGUAGUAAAGCCAAUCAAAUGCAAGACGGCGUUCAUAUUCGCAACUUCACCUCUAUCUAAAUGAAAUUUCAACAAAACCUCGAAACGCAUCUAACACCCGAAUGGCGCACACAAUACAUAGAAUAUGGCCAAUUAAAAGAGUUGAUUUUCGAUGCCGUAGCGCAUGCGCCGCCGUCAGGCAGCGUUGAGCUCGAUGAGCAUUUGUCUCAUUUCCAGCAGCAAUUUUUCGAGGCCUGCGACAAAGAAUUGGAAAAAAUCAAUAUGUUUUACGAGGCCAAAUUGGCUGAGAUCAUACAUAAAUACACAAAUUUGAAGGAUGAAAUGAACUUGGCCAAGGAGUUGUCAGACGCCAGCAUAUUGGCACGCCCAUCGGUUCGCAUUAAAGCCCGAUUUCAUAGAGCAACAAUAGAUAUGACAAGGAUAUUGACACGCAGGGCCAGUCACGAUUUCAAGAUCGCAUUUAGUGAGCUCUACUUGAAUGUGAUACUUUUGCGUAACUAUCAGAUUUUGAAUUAUACCGGAUUUCGUAAAAUACUUAAGAAGUAUGAUAAGCACAUUCGUCGUGGAUCGGGCCAGAAUUAUUUUACAUCGAUGGUGGAAAACGCCCCGUUUCAUAAAAAUCGAGAAACCAAGGAUCUUUUGAAAAAAAUCGAAGACAUAAUGACGUAUAAUUUAGAGAACGGUAAUAGACAUAAAGCUAUGCAAAAACUUCGUGUGCCACCGCUUGCCGACCAAUCGCACCCAUGGACUUCGUUUCGUACGGGCUUUUCUUUGGGUGCACUUAUCAUUCUGGGAAUUAUGGUUGUUUUAUCUUUCACUAUGAAGGUCAUCGACGUGCAUGUCGCUGCAUGUGUGCUACUCUUCCGUGGCCCCUUCACUAUGAUUUUCUUCCUAGGAUUACUCAGCUUGAACUUCUACAUCUGGCGACGAGUGGGCAUCAAUCAUGUGCUCAUAUUCGAAUUAAAUCCUCGUAACUAUUUGGCCGCGGUGCAAAUUCUUGAAAUAUCCGUUAUAUUUGGAUGUAUACUGUCUUUGCUCACGCUGUCCUUCCUGCAUUUCAACUACUUAAGGAUGCCACCAUAUGUAUUUCCACUCGCUAUGCCGUUAAUUAUGUUUGUCUUCCUCAUCAAUCCAAUUCGUAUAUUUCAUUACCAGUCACGUAUGUGGCUGCUGCGGCAUCUGGGUCGCAUCGCUUGUGCACCAUUCUUUCAAGUCGUCUUUGCCGACUUUUGGUUGGCGGAUCAACUCAUUUCGCUCGUGGCACUCUUCGUGGACUACAGCCUCAUCAUCUGCUACUACACCACACCGUUCGAUUGGUAUCAGGCCAAAGAGCCCACAACCUGCGCCAGCAAUCGUCGUUAUGCAACCAUAAUGCGGGUGUUGCCCGCUUGGUUUCGUUGCGCUCAGUGUUUACGGCGUUAUCACGAUAGUCCUAAUCGUGAUAAGAAGCACCUAAUCAAUGUUGGCAAAUAUGCAACUACUUUUUUUGUGGUGUUUUUCGACUUCAUGAAAAUGCACUAUGCCGCUUCAUACAACAGUCGGCUAGAGAAUCCUUUUAUGUGGUUGUGGGUAGUAGCUGCUAUCGUUUCAUCAUCGUACGGUCUGACGUGGGAUUUUCUAAUGGAUUGGGGCAUCUUUAGUAGAGAAUGCGGCGAACAUAAAUACUUACGCUCACAAAUUCUCUAUCGGGCGAGUUUCUAUUACUUUUUGAUUGUGGAAAACUUUGUGCUGCGUUUUCUUUGGGCCUACGUGUUUUUACUGGAUGAAACGCAAGUGGUCAGUAAGAGAGUUAUGUCCCCUAUAGCGGAUAUAUUGGAAGCAAUACGGCGUUUCUUAUGGAAUUUUAUUCGUUUGGAGAACGAGCAUUUAAAUAAUUGUGGCAAAUUUCGCGCUGUACGUGAUAUCUCAGUUUCAGUUCUUGAACAGCCCUUGCAAUCCUCAAUGUUUUCUAUCAGUGACACCUUACAUAAUUGGCAAAAUCAUAAGAAACUGAAAUCACCAAAUAAUGCGAAGAAAGACCCGAAUGUUGUAUAAGUUUUUAUAAGUUUUUGGUUUUUUAG